GUUGGAGCCUGCUAGCUAUUGUGUCCAGUUAAAAUGCUGUGCCUGUCCAAAGUCCCUGUCAGCUCCACUACGCGUGAGCGACAGCUACCAGACCCUUGCUAAUAAGAUUCCUUGUCAGCCAAUCACUUUGGCUUGUUCCUAAUGAUGAGCUCCACCGUCACUUGAUCUCUCUUAUCCUCUUCAACUCAAGACUUCCCCCCCUUCUUUUCUCUCUCUCCACGAUCUUCAUCGUCGUUGCUGUCGUUGUAGUUGUUGCUGCUUUGUCGGUUCAGAGAGUCCAUUCAUUCGGCUUUCUAGCCACAAACCUCCUCUUCGCUCAUUUGUUGGAUUCAACUUCACUCUUUUUAGUUGCUUCCGUCCUAUCUUUUCUUCCUUGAGUUCUCCAGAAACCAGAGACUCUCACUCCCUUACGUAGGUUCAUCAGGUUCAUCAGGUUCAUCGAUGUCUCGAAGCUAUUUAGAUAUUUAGAUAUGGUCGAGCCAUUCAUUGAUAUUCUUCUCUACUGAGCCGACGAAUCCCUUGACUCCCCCACAACAUCUAUCAACGACUAUCUCUAUACUUUCAGAUCAGCAUCUUUCGUCAAUAUGUCUUCUUUCAGCAAUAUUAUUGCCAGGGGCAACACCAUCCUCUACGGAAGGGACACGACAUUAGGGGUUGAAGAGUCGGAUACCGCCGUCGACCUCAUGAUCGCUUUUCUUGGCGUCUCGUUUUUCGCUCUCGUCAUGGUUGCUCUGUUGCUUGUGCUUCGAAGGGCAAAGCGCGAACGCCAAAUGCAGAACGAGACUCUACCGCAUUAUAACGAUAUCAAGCACGACGGUAACCACACCCGUCACCUUACCAUUCAAACCGCAGACGGCCGAUCCAGUAUUUUAGUGCUAAAUGGGCGCCCGAUGUUGGCUGAUCCCAACUCGCCACCUCACUCCCCCAACAACGUCCCCGAGAUUCAUAUUACCUUUCCCGACGAACAGGACGAGAACGGCCGCAGCAAGAAGGGGAGCGUUGUUGUCGUACGCGUUGGCGAGACCUCUGUCGGUCUAGAGCCUGUGAAGGACGAACAGCUCCCCGCAUAUGAAAAGGAGAGCAGCACCGGCUUCUAUUCCAUCGACAUGGAUCAAAUCGGUGGACUGAAGGAGAAGGAUCGAUCCCAGUUUUCCUAAGCUGCUCGUGGCAUGAUCUUCCCGCUAGAUCCUUGCGAAGAUCAAAAACACCACUCAACCACUACUAGCCCUUUUAUUAGCACGUGUUGGAGGAGUUGGACGAUAUACAUAAACAUGCAUGAAUAAUGGUGUACCUAUACAAGGCGAAUGUUUUUCUACGUCAUACUCCCAUUCGCCUCGGGGACGAGGCGCGGAAGUUUCAAGGACGGGCCGCAAUGGAGAGAAGGCUUGGAUGGUCGUUUCGUGACUAUUUGAAGCUCAGGGUACACAUAGGUUCUGUAUAUAACGAUACCCCUUGUUUUUUUGCUCACCCGUUCUUGAGGCCAAUGGGCGAUCAGCCUUUUUCCCACGAAGGGACAAAAAUCGAGGUCCCGGUCGCGGUAUAUAUUCUCACAGUGUAUAGCUAAAAUUAAUUCAUUGUACAGGCCGACAAUACCUAUCUUCAAUUACUACUCUA